CAAAUUUGGGUGGGUAGCGUGUCAAAAAUUGAGCAGUGUACACGGCCACCACACACCUACACGCCAGCAGGUGGAUAUGGCAGCCUCUGCCACAGCAACCGGAGCUGCCAACCUCUGCUACUCAGCGUCCCAACACCGCCAUUCAAAGCCUGCUUCAAAGAAACCAAUGGGUACCCUAAAGUUCGUCAUCCAGAACCCAGUCCACCUUUCAAGGACAAGGGCCGAAACGUCUUUCCCCAUCCGAGCUCUCGAUCCCCAAACCGAAGAGCAAGAGGAAAAAGAGAAUGACAGUAACAGAACCGGCGCUUUCACCUCCUCGCAGGUCACCUUUUUUCAUUGGGAAGAUUUGGAUUAUUUGUGGAAAUUGAUAGCUGGUUCAGUUGUGGGUGGAGGUGUAAUUAAGUAUGGAAGCAUAGUUUUUCCAGAAAUAACCAGACCCAACCUCGUACAGGCUCUGAUUAUGAUAUCAACUCCUGUUGUUGUAGCUGUUUUUCUUUUGGUCAAGAGAAGUCGGGCAGAGACACGAAGCGAGGAACCUUAGUCUUCUCUUCUGGGUUUGCUUAGAGCAUUUUCAGCAUAUGUUCUAAAACAUUCUUAUUCUGUAUAUUUAUUUAUUUAAUAUGAGACAAAAAUUACAUCCAAUAAAUAAAAUUUGACUGGGUUUUUAUCGUGAA